AUGAUCACUUUCUGUGGGGAUGGAGUUACUAAGAAAAUUUCGUCGUUCCAUAGUGCAACGGCGAGCACCACGUCAUCCUUUGGAAGCCUGGUACUUUUAGCUAGGCAGUGCUUCACUCGUUGUUUCUGUCAUUUUUGUGGUAUUUCAUCCGGACGUAUCAACGAUAAUAGACAAAACGCUCAGGAAUUUAAUCAACCGAGAGCUAAUGAAAACCAGAUAUCUAUAAGUAUAGUUCCCACAACGUUUUCGUCGCAGAGAAAGAUGCUGGUAAUCGGUGCGCAGCCGAGCUUCACGCACAUGAGUAAGAGUUGGAACAGUGUCUUUCUCAUUUUACAUUCACCGCUAAUCUACAUGCACGUCUGAAAAGACUAUUCGUUUACAUUGGAAAAAUUAAAUCUAAUAAAUAAAUAAAAAACGUCGAACAAGUUGCAACAAAAAUCUAAGAAAAAGUGUAUACGACGCUUGUCAUGCCAAUUAUUCGCCCUUUUAAAAGGUCAUCUUUUUUUGCGGAUCGAUGAAAAUUGUAUAUAGUACUCUUAGUACCGAUCUCUCGCGCAUUUCUAUGCGCCAAUAAAAUAUUGAUUUAUAUUCCAGCACCAGUCGUUGCGUAACAAAGCGCCGCUUUGCCGCUUUGCCGAUUCGUCGCAAGAUCAGGUUCGAGACGUGUUUCAUCAGCGUUCAGUGUUCUCGAAACUUUGUCAUCAGUUCUCUCAUUCUUUACCGGCACAGCGCGUAGUCGUGCUAUCGCCUUUUACUUUCCACUUGUAUGUAACAAUCGCUAGUAGAGAUAACUUGUAAUAUAUACUUAACAUAAUACAAACAUGAAGAAUUUCUAAUA